AUGGUGUGGUACAUUCCCUUUGUUUAUCAGGCAUUCUUUUUUUCGACUUUCAAUGCUGUUGGCUCACUGCAUGCAUGGUACAUGACACAACGCCACAUGAUGCUUGUUAGCGGUUCUCUUAAUUCUUCGCUCGGUGCUGUUGCUGUUUAUACUCACUCGUUUGAUCCUACGCUCUCUAAUGCGUGCACUUCUAUCGCCUCCAUUAGUGCCUUUGGCCAUUUCGGAUUGCAUGCUUUCCGCACGAAGGCGCUUCUUCGGCCCUCUGCUAUGUCAUUCCUGCAUUUCUGUUGGUGCAUUUCCCUCCUCGCCUUUGGCAUUCACCGCGGCCGGUGGGCCUAUACCCUUCGGCAUGAUUGA